AUGCUGAUGAACCACACAAACCAAACAGAGGAUGACCUUUUCUCCUGCUACAGUCCGUCAGUCGUAGGUUACCGGUACUUUGCUGUGCUGUGGGGAUGUGCUGUGACCAUCACUGGUACGGUGGGAAACCUGAUGACCAUUCUAGCCUUCGCCUUAGACCCACGUCUGAGGACUCACUUCAACGUGCUCAUCGUCAACCUGGCUGUAGCUGACCUCCUAUACUGCGCCGUACUGCAGCCCAUCUCAGUUGAUUCCUAUCUACACCUCAGAUGGCGCAGCGGGGAGCUCUGGUGCAGCACCUUUGGCUUGCUCCUCUUCCUCUCCAACUCUGUCUCCAUUAUCACACUCUGCCUUGUAGCGGUGAGCCGAUAUCUCUUGGUUGCAAACGUGUUUGACCGUGUCUUCUCUGACCGUGGUCUUACUCUCCUCCUCAUCUCAGCAUGGGCGCUGGGCCUGACCAGCUUUGGCCCAUUGUGGCCUGUUUUUGUAUUUGUACCGCAGGUGUGCACAUGCAGCUUCCACCGGACCAGGGGUCGCCCCUAUUCCACCAUCUUGCUCUUCUUCUACUUCUUUGUAGGCCUUGGCUUCGUUGGUGCAUUCUAUCUCCUCAUCUACAGACGUGUCCUCAUUGCCUCACAGGCUCUACUCCGCUACAGGCUCAGCCGACGAUCAUCCCAGAAGAAACCAGCUUUUUCUGUACAAAUGACCAAUGACAGUGGUGUAGAGAGUAGCAUGGCCAACACGUGUAGCUGUGAGAUGAGCAGCCAUGAGGAUCGAGCCCAAAAUAAGGAUGCGAUCACCUGUGAUAAAUCUCCCCAAAAAACCCAGGGUUCUACCGAGGCCAGAUAUCCAUCUGCAACCAACAAGCCUUCCCCUGAUAUUGCCCCUACACCACCUUCAACCACACCUGUUCCCACCACUGCAGCGUCUACAUCCCACUCAGCAACCUCAGGAGAUGAUGCUGAAAUUAAGCAUGUGACGCGCAUGUGUUUUACUGUUUUCCUGUGUUUUGUGUUCUGCUUUGUCCCCUUCCUGUUGCUCAACAUAGCCGAUAAACAUAAUCGCGCCCCACGGGUACUGCACAUGUUCUGUGCAAACCUUACCUGGCUCAACAGCUGUAUCAAUCCCGUGCUCUAUGCUGUCAUGAAUCGACAGUUUAGACAGGCCUACCAUGUGCUGCUCACCAGGGCUGCUGCACCCUUCACCUGCCUCUGGACCUGGUGUUCAGCUCUGAGGUCCUAGACUCCUGAAACUUUAUACUUGUCUAAUGUUUAUGCUGAUAUAAAUCCUGUAUGA